AUGACUGCUCGAAACUUUGACUGGUUCCACGAGCUCUUUUGGAACUAUGGAUAUAGACGGAGGCGUCUUAAGAAAUUGGAAUGGAAGCCACUCCUACGUCUUCUGGGAGUGACCCUCGACACGGACGAUGUACUUAUCAAGGAGGCCAUAAAAUCCCAGAAUAAAAGCCUGCUGGAGGAAGUGGAAGAGGAAGAGAGAGAGGCCAGAGUGGUUAUGAGGGUUAGGAGGAGUACCGAGGCAGUGGCUGGGGUCAUAUUGGAGGUUGGACCAGCACUGUGGGCGGCACUUAAAUACAGGAAGGUUCGCGUAGGGUUCCAAAUUAUCCCAGUUGUUUAA